GUUUUUUUCUCACCGUACUCUAUUUUACAUCAUUUAUAUUAUAUUUAUUUUAGUUUUUGAUGUCUAUAGAGGAGGCAUGGAUCACCCAGCAUGCAUUUUGGAGGAGUUGAAGCAGUUUGUCGUAGGUGACGCCCCACCGACAGUGUAUUACAUCCCAGAUUUCAUAACAGAGGAUGAGGAGGCGUAUCUUCUGCAGCAGGUGUACAGGUCUCCAAAGACUAAGUGGACUCAGCUGUCGGGCAGGAGGCUCCAAAACUGGGGAGGCUUACCACACCCGAAAGGCAUGCUGGCGGAGAAGAUGCCUGACUGGCUUCAAAAGUACUGCGAGAAGAUCUCCUCUUUAGGUGCGUUCAGUGGGAAAACUGCCAAUCAUGUGUUGGUGAAUGAGUAUAAAGAAGGAGAGGGGAUUAUGCCACAUGAGGACGGGCCUUUGUAUCACCCUACUGUCACUACUAUCAGCUUGGGCUCUCACACACUCCUGGACUUCUACACACCCAUCAGCAGCAUGGAUGAUGAUGGUGAUGGUGAUGAAGGUGGUGGGAAGGACGCCCCGCUGACAGAAGAGGACCGCUACCUCCUCUCCCUGCUGGUGCAGCCUCGCAGUCUCCUGAUACUGCAGGAUGAAAUGUACCAGCGCCUCCUUCAUGGCAUCCAAGGCUGCACCCAGGACACACUGACGGAGAAGGUGGUGAACCUGGCCGCCACCGGUGCUCUGCUGGGGGAGACGCUGACCAGAGGAACCAGAGUGUCGCUGACCAUUCGACAUGUGCCCAAAGUCAUGAAGACAAAGCUUAUUCUAGGACGGAGAUGAAUAGAGACAACUGCCACAAGAGGUCUUACAGCACGUCUUAAUUAAUUGGAUCCAGAGCUGCAACAAUUACUCGAUUAAUCAAUUGGUUUCCAACUAUUUUGAUAAUCGAUUAAUUGUUUUGAGUCAUUUCUUUAAGGCAAAAAGCCCCAAUACUCUGCUUCCAGCUUCUUAAAUGUAAUUAUUUUCUGAUUCCUUUAGUCCUCUAUGACAUUAAACUGAAUAUAUUCAAGUCGUGGCCAAAAUAAGACAUUUAAAGAUGUCACUUUGGGCUCCUGGGACAUUUCAUAGCCCAAAUGACUAAACAAUUAAUGGAGAAAAUAAUCACUUGAUCGACAGUGUUGAUCCCUCUGCACUUUAAACCUCUGAAUCUGGAGCGGCUACAUAAAAGACUGCAACAAGAAUAUCUCCUGAAUAUUUCCGGGUUGUGGACAAAACGAGACAUUUAAAGACGCCACCAAAAUAGAAAUCGACAUUUUUUCACCAUUUUCUGCUCAAACGACUGAACAAUUAAUGGAGAAAAUAAUCGACUGAUCUCAUUUGCAGCAAUAAUUGGAUCAAUGUUGAUCCUUCUGCACCUCUGGACCUGUAGUAGCUACACAUACAUAAAAUACUGUAACAAGAGAUUGUGUGUAAAUCUCCUGAAUAUAUUUAAGGGAUUAAUAAUAUAUUCAGUAUUACUUAUUAUAUGAUUACUUAAUAAUAACAGAGGAACGGUUCUUUAUCUGACGCUGUAACCAUCAAAUGUUUGAAUGACUGUAAUCAAUAAUUUGAACUUUGUCUUAAUUCCAGUCAGAUUUUUGGAUGAUUUAUCAGCUUCUUGUUUCAGUAAUAACAAAUAUAAACAUAUUAUCAACUGUACCUGGUGUAUGCAGUGUUUACUUCACGGUUUUACCUAAAAAGAGCCUGGUUGAAAUCUGUGUGCAUGUUGUUAGAUAAGGAAUAAGAAGC